ACUCUGGUAUCGAAAGCAAGAAACGCAAAAGGCAUGGAGUAUCUAUCUUGGCAAAGAUAUGAAUCUCGUUUUGAUCUCGUCCCUACAUUGGAGGGCUCCAAGGAUGCGGCACAAAAGCCUCGUCUCCCUCCGACCACCAGACAGCCCCCAAGAAUAGCGAGGCAGAACGUAUCCACUCCCCCAGAAUUUACCCGUACCACAGCUAUAACACACGACGUUUCCCUCAAGCUUUUGGCCUUACCGGCACAGCUCCGCGUAGCUCCUCCCAAGUUUUUGGAUUUAGAUUAGGAUCCGGUGUAGCUCCUGCACAAACAUGAGUGAAAUCAGAAAACUAAAGCGCGGGAUCAGCACCAAACGGGGCGACCACCUCGUCCAAAACGGCCAACGUCCAUCUGAUGAAUGGGAGGAGCAACAACGUUAUUGGCCUUCCCCGCGGGCGCCACCGGUGAGCCCGACAGAAUCUCCGCGGACCCCAGGUGGGAGCCAGAAGAAGGCGGUGCUGGGCAAGGUGAAGAGCAAAGCUAAGAAAUGGAUGCACCUGCUGCAUCACAAGAAGAAGCCCGCGCAAGAGGAGAUGAUGUGGACGCCCAAGGCUGGGCCAACUGCAGAGGACAUCAAGGGCAGGGAGGAACAGCAAAAUGCUGAGCACCAUGGGACCCCCAGUAAAGCUCGACAUCCACCUUCCUCGGAUGAUUUGGAGAGGACACCUGAGGUGUUCAUGGAAGCAUCACCAAGACAGAAUUCACCAGUCCCGAGCCCCACUGCGCACAAGGAACAAUCAUACUUCAAGGUCAGCAGCAGGUUUGAGUCAGAAAUGAAGGAAGCCAAUGACAUGCUGAGGGAAUCAAAGCAGCUCCGUAUCAACACAACCAAGCCAAAGACUGUAACAUUCGCGCCAACCUUAGAACGCGAGCUAGGGAAUGAAAAGAAUGGCUGGAGCAGCAGGGAACUAUCUGUAACAGCAACCGAGGUAUUCCGAAAUGCAUACGCUACAGUCUAUCAGGCAGCCCUCAAGAUGAUCUCUAAAAUCCAAGAAAUAAUUGUUGCAUAUAAUAUCGAUAGAAGGCACAUGCUAGAGAAGGUAAUAUCAGUCAAUAGAUACCUGCUGUUGAAUCUGGAACCUGGACAAGAUGAUAAGAUACUCUCAGAAGUCAUGACUGAGGCUGUCCUCAAUCUGUUCGACACAUGGAGUGAGAGUGUUGAGAGGCCUUUGGUACAAAGAGCAAAGGAAAUCUCUUCUUGGUUCCUGCAUGAAGGAAGAGAAGAAACACCUCCUGUUCCACUGUCUACACAUCCUUGUGUGUAUGAAGAUGCAGAAGAAUUUUAUUCCUUAGAGAAUGAACUACAUCUUGAAGCAUGGGAUCAAGACAUUAUGAAACAACGUCAGUAGAGAGUUGUUUACCUGACAAUGUCUGGAUGCUGAAGGCAGAGACAGAGCGUGCCCCAAGUUUACUUUGUUCAUAGAAUUACAUCACAGUGAAAACAUCCUACAAUCGUUGCAAGUGAAACCAAAAGGAAGUUUCUGCAGAAGAAUACAAUCAUCAAUCUUGAUUAAGUUUCUCUUCAGAUACAUCUCAACAUCAUGAUUGUAUCAGAAAUUGUUUUUGCCGUGUAUGUAAUUAGGACCACAAUGUAUAUAGCAUAGAAAUAGAAAACCUGAACUGCAGAGCGACAUUUAUAAGAGGUAUAAACAUUUCUUUGAAUCGACA